AUCAGUCACACUUUUGUGUUUUGCUAUUUGUAUAUAUUACUCAGAACGCGAUAUUAUACGAUUUUUUAAAAAGAAUUCUAUAGAUCUUAGUCUUUUAUUUGAAUUGUACUGCGUAGCUUACAUAAAACAUUUUGGAUUUGAUUUUCAGCGGGAUAUAAUUCUUUGAAAACCAUCCCUUUUAUUUUUUCUACAUUUAUCGUUAUAAUAAUAAAAAAGAGAAUCACCUAUAAAUAUUUAGUUAUAUAUUGUCCCUUAUAUAUUGCGUCAAUAAAUCAAUUGCACCAUGAAUCAUUCAUUGCUGGUGCUGGCUACAACCUUUCUUGGUUUUCUUUUACUUUUCGUAGCAUCAGAUGAAAUAAGCGACGGGCGCUGUGAGUGUGCUAAGCGUAAUUGUGGUUGCUGCACCAGUUUACGAGUCAAACAUAUAGUUGACGGAAAUGUUUGUGCAAACUUUUCGUAUAUUCCAGAAGAGCUUGGUAUAUCUGUAACAAUAACUUACAAUGAUAAAACUAUACUUAAUAAUACAGUGUCAGCUCACAAUCCACCGCCACUAUGCGUGGUGCAUGUUGACCAAUUGCACAUGAACAUUUGUUUACGAUUCUACGAUCUUGCUGUCAAAGAUAGGUGUCUUUCUGGUUGUUCUUCACUUGAAGUAUCUUUCUCCAAAUUUAUUCCAAACCAGAAAAUUAAACUUGGUUGCUUUAAGCUGGAUACUCUCCAACGUUCGAGCACCGAAAUUCAAAGUACUUUCAACGAGUCUGUAGUUGAUUAUUUAAACAGACAAUCAAAACAUAACGAAGUAGAGCCAAAGGUCGAAUCAAUAUAAAUGCAGCAAACGUUUCUACCGCGGGAAUAUAUAUAUAUAUAUAUAUAUAUAUAUAUA